CUCGCAGUCCCACUACGUCCGCGGACUUUCAAUGGGGAAGUUUACUGGUGGGAAAAUCCACAAAAACUCGUCCAAAAUUCAAAGGCCGCCAGUCCGAACGGAAAGCGCCCCAGACGACGCCGACGCGCGCGUCUUUUCAACCCCCUGAAAAUCGAUGCUAGAGCACAUUUGACAAAGUAAUUUCGAGAAAGAUCGCCCAUAAACGUAAAAUGAAAGUGCACGAGCUGGCUGAUACGGGGCCAACGCCUGGGGCUGUGGACCAGGAGAUGGCCGGCGCCCAGGACACCAUCUAUCUGUGCAACUUUAGGGUGUCCGUCGAUGGCGAAUGGUUGUGCUUGAAGGAGCUGCAAGACGUCGAAUUCAACAUGCACGAAUCGGUCAAUGGCAAGCUCGUGUCUUCGAGCCACCCGGAGGCCGUGCCCCUGUUCGGCCGAGACCCGGCGGUGAUCGAGCGCAGCAACCUGGUCAACAUCAGCAAGCUGGUGGUGAAAGAGCUCAUCGAGCAAUCGCUAAAGUAUGGCCGGAUGCUGGAUUCGGACCACAUGCCGCUGCAGCAUUUCUUCAUCGUGCUAGAACACGUGCUGCGGCACGGGCUCAAGCCCAAGAAAGGCCUGCUGGGCCCCAAGAAAGAGCUGUGGGACAUUCUGCAGAUGGUGGAAAAGUACGCGCCCGAGGCGCAAGAUAUCACAGCCAGCGUGAGGGACUUGCCCACCGUGAGGACGCACCUGGGGCGCGCUAGGGCUUGGCUGCGGCUCGCCCUGAUGCAGAAGAAGCUGGCCGACUACUUGAAGGUGCUGCUUGACCACAAGGACGAGGCCCUGGCUGAGUACUUUGAGCCGGACGCGCUUAUGCUGAGCGACGAAGCCAUCGUGAUCAUCGGGCUGCUGGUGGGCCUCAAUGUGAUCGACUGCAACUUGUGCGUCAAGGAGGAGGACCUGGACUGUCCACAAGGCGUGAUCGACUUCUCCUUGUACCUGCGCUCGCCCAGCCACGUGUCCUGCGACUCGGCCAGCGACGAGCAGGACCACAUGGUGGCUGUGCUGGAUCAGAAGAACUAUAUCGAGGAGCUAAACCGGCAUUUGAAUGCCACCGUGGCCAACUUGCAGACCAAAGUGGAGAGUCUGACCACCACCAAUGUGCUAAUGAAAGAGGACAUGGCAAUCGCUCGAAACAACCUGCUGGCCCUGUAUGAUGAGAACCGUAUGCUGCGCGAACAGAUCGGCAUGGACCCAGCUGGGGACGUGACGAGCUUCAGCGGCGCUAACAUCGUGCGUUCGCGCGACAGCGAAGGCAGCGCCGAUACUGGCGAUAUUGAACAGCUCAGGCAGCGCCUGGAGGAGGAGCAGAAACAGCGACAGGAGGCCGAUCAUGAGCUGGAAAUUCAGACGUGCCUCAAAGCCGAAAUGGAGGUGGCCAUGAAACUGCUGGAAAAGGACAUUCACGAGAAACAGGACACUAUAGUGUCGCUGCGCAGACAGUUGGACGACAUCAAGCUGAUCAAUCUCGAAAUGUACAAGAAGCUGCAGGACUGUGAGGCGACUUUAGGCCAUAAAACUGAGUUAGUAGACAAGCUAGAGGCUAAGGCGCAAACUAUGACAGACACUGUACAUACUCUCGAAGUUAAGUUGAAGGAGUGCGAGGAAAACCGAUUGUCCACUGAGCAUGCCAGGCGCAGGCUGCACCAGCAGACCAUCCAGGUGGAAGAGCAGGCCACCAAUGUGGAGGAGGACCUGAAGGUGGAGCGCGAAUGGCGGAUGUCCUUGCAGGACACCAUGCAGCAGGACCGCGAGCGAAUUGCCAAGCUCAUGCAUGAAAACGGCCAGCUGAAGAUCGUUGCAGAUAAAUACGCCACUCUGCAAGAGGUAUAUUACACGCUGAAGGACAACUGUUUGGAGCAGGAGCAAGCGCUGGAGGAGCUGGGAGUGGAGUUGCGGGACAGCAAGCUGCAGAUAUCCGAGCUGAAAGAGGAGCUGACGAGAAGAUCGGACGGCGCCUGGGUGGACGACAGUGCCGUGAUCCACUGCAAGGCUUGCAAGAAGGAGUUCGGCCUCACCAGGCGAAAGCACCAUUGUCGGAACUGUGGCGACAUUUUCUGCAACGCCUGCUCGGACAAUUCCAUGUCUUUGCCAUCGUUCUCCAAGCCGGUGAGAGUGUGCGACGACUGCAAUGUGAAACUAUCUGGCCACUAUGGCUAGUCUUUAACUCUUGGAAAGCUGACAAAGAGACAUUGUCCUAUUUGUGUUUUCUACAAUGUUGCAUUAUAUGAUACUAUAUUGAUUGAAAAGCAA